UGAGUUGAGAUAUCUACAUUUUUUUGCAGUAUUGCAAGUAAUGGGCAAACUCCAGGCUCAGUGCUGGGUACCAAAAACCCUUCCAUGUGAUGUCAGUGUGGAAAGAAACAAAACCAAAAUUAUAUUUGAUUGCCAAGAUCGACAUUUAACACAAGUGCCUACAGGGAUUGCUUAUAAUGUUACACAUUUAAUCCUUUCUAAAAAUAAGAUCAACAUUUGUAAAAUGUCUUUACAAAAUCUGAAAAACCUUACCUACCUAGACUUAAGAUGGAAUUAUCACCAACAAGGACCAACAAUAAUUUCUGAUGGAGUUUUCUCUUCUUUGACAAAACUUAAAUCUUUGUUAUUGGAUGGUAAUAAUCUGAAAAUGAUACCAAGAGAUCUCCCCCCGGGACUGAAUGAUUUAAGUCUGGAUUCAAAUUCUCUGUUUUCAGUAAACAAUAAAGAACUUCUAAAUCUUCCAAACAUUGCUAAUAUAUCUCUGAGAAAGAACUGUUAUUACAGAAAUCCUUGCAACUAUUCACUAGAUUUAGGAAAUAUAUUUGCAAACCUGAGCAAGUUAACUAUGUUAUUAUUGUCAUACAAUAACUUGACAAAAGUACCAAAAGAUUUACCAGGAAAUCUUGAAAAGCUGGAUCUUGGAUCCAAUAAAAUACAGCACAUUGAGGAGAGUGUAUUCAGGCAUCUAACAAAGCUGAAAUAUCUCGACCUCUCCGGUAAUUGUCCUCACUGUUUUAAUGCUCCAUUCCCGUGUGUGUCUUGCCCCAAUGAGGGUUUCAUCAGCAUCCAUGACAAUGCUUUUCAGAACCUUACCCAGCUAAGUGUGUUGGAUCUCUCACAAAAUUCCCUGAAGCGAGUCAAAACUGCAUGGUUUGAAAACUGUCAAAAUAUUAAACAUCUGUAUCUUUCGUUUAACCAGUUAAUGAAUGAGAUCGCAGAAGCAAAGUUUUUAAGCAAAAUUCCUAAAGUGGAGAAAAUUGAUUUAUCGUUUAAUUAUGCACUUAAAAGUUACCCUCAAAAAAUUAGACUUUCUACAACAUUUGCCCAGCUAUACUCUCUUCAGGUUCUAGAUAUCAGUGGCUAUGUGUUUCAGGAACUUGGCAUGAAUGACUUAGCCCCACUGUUUCAACUGCCAAAACUCUCCAUACUGAAUUUAGCAACAAACUUCAUACGACAUGCAGACUUUGCUGUUUUACAGAAAUUUAAAAAUCUGAAGAUUGUCUGUUUAUCUGAAAACAGAUUGUCCCCUGAGGAGAACAAUAAAUCUAUUACUCAUGACAUAGGCUAUACAAACAAUAUUGUUGUAAAUCAACCUCAAAUGUCAGAAUACUUUAAAAAUAGUAAGCUUGGCUUUAAUGAAAAAAAUCACAUAUUAAGUAAUUUGGUAGUAAAAACCAAGUGUUCUGAUUAUGGAAAAGUACUAGACUUAAGUUUGAAUAACAUUUUUUAUAUUGCACCUGAACAGCUCAAGAGUUUUGGGGACAUUGCUUGUCUAAAUCUCUCAAAAAAUGGCAUUUCAGCUGCUUUGAAUGGAACUGAAUUUACCUAUCUGCAAAGACUGAAGUAUAUGGACUUUAGCUUUAACAAGAUUGACUUGGCAUAUGACUAUGCCUUUUCUGAAUUAAAACUAUUGGAGGUUUUGGAUCUCAGUUAUAAUUCCCAUUAUUUUACUGCCAAAGGAGUGACCAGAAAACUAACGUUUAUUAGCAAAUUGCACCAUUUAAAAGUGCUGAACAUGAGUUACAAUGAAAUAUUUUCUUUAACUGACACAGAAAUGAAGAGCAGGACUCUAGAAGAGCUAAGAUUUCAAGGCAACAGACUUGAUAUUCUAUGGAAAGAGGGUGACAAACGAUACGUUAAUCUGUUCAAGAAUCUCACAAGUCUGAAAGUGCUUGAUUUAUCAUUCAACAAGAUAAAAAUGAUUCCGACCAAAGUUUUCUUUGCUUUACCAAAAACUCUAACCAUACUAAACUUACAUAAUAAUAAAUUAAAAUAUUUUCAAUGGGAGAAUCUAAAGAAUCUCUCAAUCGAAGUACUUAAUCUACAUGGAAACAAGUUAACACAUGUAACGAAGGAUCUUGGGAUGCUAUCAGAAACCUUACGAAUACUCGAUCUAAGUUAUAACAGCAUUGCCGAGCUCUCAGAUGGAUUUCUCGAAGGAGCCAAGAACCUUCAUAGUCUCUUUUUGGAUUACAAUCAACUAACAGUGAUAAACCAGUCAACAUUUCUCUCAGGAUCAAAUAAUUACUUGAAAGUAUUGUCACUGAAAGGGAACCCAUUUCACUGUACUUGUGACCUCAUGGACUUUCUAAUGUGGAUAGAUCAAAGUGAUGUUCACAUUCAACGCCUUGCCACUGAUGUCGCCUGUUCCUCACCUGGAGAACAAAAAGGAAGGGCAAUUGUAACCUUUGACCUUUAUUCGUGUGUUAAUGGAAGUAUGUCAGCAAUACUAUUUGUGUUAUGGUUUGUUUUGGUUACUCUUACUUUGAUUGUAGCAUUUGCAAAGCAUUUGUUUUACUGGGAUGCCUGGUAUUUCUAUCAUUUUUUCAUUGCCAGAUUGAAGGGUUAUAGAGCAUUGGAACAUAAUAAUAACACAUUUGAUGCUUUUAUAGCUUUUGACUCCAAAGAUCCAUUUGUGACAGACUGGGUUGUAAAUCAUUUAAGAGUUCAGCUUGAAGAUCAAGGUGAACGACUCUUCAUAACAUGCUUAGAAGAAAGAGAUUGGCAGCCAGGGGUUCCUGUCAUUGACAACCUUUCUCAAAGCAUCCAGCGCAGUGGAAAGACAGUGUUUGUGCUAACGGAAAACUAUAUAAAGAGUGGAAACUUCAAAGUAGCCUUUUAUUUGGCACAUCAAAGACUGCUCGAUGAAAAUGUGGAUGUAAUUGUACUUAUCUUACUUGAACCAGUGCUGCAGCAUUCCCAGUUUUUAAGAUUAAGAAAAAGGUUAUGUAAAAAUUCAGUUUUGAAGUGGCCAGCAAAUCCUAAGGCAGAGGUCUGGUUUUGGCAGUGCUUAAGAAAUGUCAUUAAAGUAGAAGGUUGUUUGUUGUAUAACAGGGCCUAUUCCAGUUAUUUUAUGCCACAUCAUGGCAAUUCUAUCAAGAGUGAACAAAACUAGCAAAAGCCAAGGACUACAAAAUUGCUAACUUUUUAGAUAAACUUUCCAUUAUUCCCUUUUAAAACUUAAACUCA